AUGUUGCUGCCGCCCCGCGUGACGCGCCUGCUGGGCACUCUACGCCUGCACGCCCCUUCGUUCCGCUCGCUUUCCUUGUCGCGCCGUGCCUGGCGCCUCGUCUCCCAGAUCGCCUUGUUCUUGGUGCUGUUUCCACCGCUGCUGCAGUGGACCAUUGCCUACCUGGUUGGCGGCGAUGUGCGGCUCCUGCCGGAGGACCUUCAAGGCGCCAAGAAUCUGCUGAUUGUCACUGCGCAUCCGGAUGAUGAGUGCCUCUUUUUCGCCCCGAGCAUACUCGGCGUCCUCGACCGGAACCGAGGCGUGCACGGCAGCCUCAUUUCCAUAUCGACCGGAAACAACUAUGGCAUUGGCGACCUGCGCAAAAAAGAACUUGUUGGAUCGUGUACGGCGCUACAAAUCGACCCAGCACGCUGCCUCGCCUUGGACCAUCCUGACCUCCAAGACAAUCCUACCAAAUGGUGGGACACCGCCCUCUUGCAGACCGUUGUGCAGGAGUACAUCGACAAGUGGAACAUUGACGCGAUCAUCACGUUCGAUGAAGGUGGUGUGUCUGGCCAUAUCAACCACCGUGCCGUGAGCGCUGCCGUCCGGUAA